UCUCAUUCAGGGCAAGCAGCCUCAACAAAUCAGUGCUCUGGGAAAGUGCUGAAGGAUCUUAAUUAAACCUGGAAUUGCAAAAAUACAAUAGAAUGGUCUGUCUGUAUCUGGGGACUUCAUAGCCAUGCCAUGGGUGUGUUUUCUGUACUUGCUCUGCCAUUGCUUCUCUUGGGGAUCAGUGGAAUUAUUUAUAUUUACCAGUCAGUCAGGUGGCUGCUGUCCAAGUCAGCGGUGCAGAACAAGGUGGUGGUGAUCACAGAUGCCAUCUCCGGACUGGGCAAGGAAUGUUCUCGUGUGUUUCAUGCAGGAGGAGCAAGGCUUGUGUUGUGUGGCAGGACGUGGGAAAAGUUGGAAGCCUUGUAUGAUGCCUUAAUUAGUGUGACAGACCCCAGCACGACAUAUGCACCAAAGCUGAUUCUUCUGGAUAUCACAGACAUAAGCUGCAUUCGAGAUGUUGCCAAGGAAAUCCUGAACUGCUAUGGCUGUGUGGAUAUACUGAUCAACAAUGCAAGCAUGAAGGUGAAAGGAGCAGUGCAGAGCAUUUCACUGGAACUUGAUAAAAAGAUCAUGGAUGCCAACUAUUUUGGACCUAUCACAUUAACCAAAGCCAUUCUUCCUAACAUGAUCUCAAGGCGAACUGGCCAAAUUGUUCUAAUUAACAGCAUCCAAGGGAAAAUAGGAGUUCCAUUUCGUGCAGCUUAUGCUGCUUCCAAGCAUGCUGCUGUAGGCUUUUUUGAUUGUCUUAGAGCUGAAAUGGAAGAAUUUGAUAUUUCUGUCAGCACUGUAAGUCCAACCUUCAUCUGUUCAUACCAUCGCCAGCCAGCACCUGGCAACUGGGAGGCAUCUAUUUGGAAGUUCUUUUUCAGGAAGGUGUCCUAUGGUGUGCACCCCGUGGAGGUGGCAGAGGAGGUCCUUGCCACGGUGAGCAGGAAGAAGCAGGAGGUGCUUAUGGCCAAUCCCAUCCCCAGAGCAGCAGUUUACAUCAGAACAUUCUUCCCUGAGCUGUUUUUUGCCAUUGUUGCCUCAGGGAUUAGGGAAAAGCUGAAGACAGAAGAGGAAAAUUGAUUUUGUUCAGUUAUUUUCCUUGCUUUUGACCUGAAAAAAAAAAAAAAAAAGGUUUCUGUUUUGAAUGUCAGUGACUUGUGCUGCUUGCUAUGAGUAGAAUAACACCACUAUCAUUGACACACACAAUCAUCUACAAAGCUUCUACUCUUCUGCUUUUAGGGAUUAUCCAGUGUGCCACUGGAACCAAACUGCUCUUGCUGCUACAAAUCCCAUUGCUCACGUAACUUCCAGCACCAGCUCACUUCUAUGCUGUGAAAAAUGCCAAUCACUUGGUUUUUAAAAUUUUAAAAGUUUAAUAAUAAUAAAAUGGUUAUAAAAAUAGUGAUGCAAUUAGAGUAAUAAAGUUUAGAGUUAGGAAAAUUACACGACAAUAAAAAGCAAAGAAUUAGGGAUGUUUGGAUGAUCUCAGACACUAAGUCGUGAAAAUCAUGUCUUGUAGACAAAGGAAUCACCUUUAAAGCAA